AUGUCUGGAAUUUAUGCGCUUAUUUUUUGGACUAAAUCAAAACAAUUACAGACAAUUAAAACUUCAUGCAUACCCGUCCAGUCACGAUAUGAAAACGCUAGUGUUAUGUUAAAGUGGAAAAAUGAACAAUCAAAAUUAUUUGAAGUGUUAGAUGCUAAAAUUUUGAAAAUAAGUGAUGAUAAAGAUCUGCUGGACAAUAUUUCUGUUGAUGAAAAUACUGGUCGCAUCUUCGAUGUAACAACAAAAGCGUUUUUAGGAACUGUUUUAAUGCAACGGACCAACAUAAAACAUAAACAAAAAAAAAAUAAUUUACAAAGAACACUUGUUCAAGUUCGUGAAGAAGAAAUAAUUGCAGAUGGAAAGACAAUUUUUGAUGAAUAUCCCGAAAGUAAAUUGAAGAAAUUAUCAAAUAAUCCUUUAAUUAUAUCUCAAAAAGAAAAUGAUUCACUUCCAAGAAAAAGUAUUAAAAAAAAGCUUUCAAAACAUAAUUAUGAG